CUAAAAUACGCACGCAUGCGACACACCGGUCCACCACCUCCCUACAUUUCUAUCUCUAAACUAUCUCAGACCGCACAGAAAAAAAUGGGAUGUUGUGGGGACGAAGACGAGGAUAUCCUCCAACCUCUUCACCCCCAAACCCUAGUCCUUGGCUUCUCCGCCGUAACCCUAGACCCGUCCUCCACCGUCGAUGGCGACACUUCCAUAUCGCCGAUGAACUCCAACUUCCCUGCCCUGAUUUGCCGAGACAUCCUCCGGACCAUCUUCGAGAAGCUUCCGAUCGUCGAUCUCUCUCGAGCGGCGUGCGUGUGCAGAUUGUGGAACUCAUUGGCGUCUGAUCGAGAGAUGCAGACGAGAGCCUUCAAGGCGCCUUGGAAGUUGAAGGAGGUGAUCGGGAGUCCGAGCUCGGGGAGCUUCUGGAGAGAUAAUAGUCUUGGACGGUUCGCGAUUUCGCAUCGAUUGGUGCGUGGAGAUUCUGUUGCUAGUCUCGCCGUGAAAUACUCCGUUCAGGUUACGGACAUAAAACGCCUGAACAAUAUGAUGAGUGACCAUGGCAUAUAUUCAAGGGAGAGGUUAUUGAUCCCUAUGAGCAAGCCAGACCUUCUAAUCAAUGGCACAUGCUACAUAGAGCUGGAUAACUGUGCAAAAAGGGAAGUGGCGGUACUCUAUCUGGAGGGUGCCUCUGACCGGAAGGUCCAUUUGUUGUUGAAUAAGGCGACUUCUGACCAUGGCAAGAAAAGGGUAAUCGAGUCCUUGAAGAGAAGCAUGCAAGUCGAUGAUGGAACUGCUCAAUAUUACUUGUCCAUAUCAAAUGGCAACCCUCGAGCUGCACUUACAGAAUUCUGCGAGGAUCUUAGGUGGGAGAGACAGGCUGAAUUGGCCUAGUCCGGAACAUAUAAUAAAUUGUAGAAAUUAAUAUUGUUGGUAAUAUGUAAAAAAUGGUGAUGGAGACAAGGUAAAACUUGCCAGGAUGCUUUUACUUGCUAUUCAGACAUUAUUUAUGUGCUCCUGUACUUAUGAAGAUAGAGGAAUUUCAAACAGAUGGGUAGUUCUGUCCUGUUGUUCUGUUACUGUUGUAAAUCUAUCUGAACCACAAUUUGUAAUUGUGUAUGAAUAGAGACACCUGAGUUUGUCCAAACUGCAAUUUGAAAUAUUGUUUGAUGUGUUUUUUGUA